GCACUGCAUUGCGCAUGCUCUGUGGCGUAGGAACCAUUUCUGUAAAAUCAGCCCACUACUGUAUUUUGUGGCACUAGAAACAAAUGAUAUAUUAACAUUUCGUGUUUAUUUACCCCAAGACAAUUAUUGGGAAACAUUGCAAAUUUUUGUAGGGCAAACAUGAUUUUUCAAAGACCUAUCGUAUUUUCAGAUGGGAAGGAGCUAUAGGAUAACAGUCGAGAAUUGCGCGACGGGGCGUGCUGUAUGUUGGAGUGGAUGAGCGCCUGUUCAGGUCUGACUGCUGUACACUACUAAUUUGUUUGCGUAACAACAACAGCAGUCCGUUCCUUCAUUGCUUCGUAUCGUCUGGUGCAACGUAUUAAUAAUUACGUUUACUUUUGUGAAGAAAAUAGUAACAAACACACUAAACAAAAUGUGUGCCAAAAUGGCAUUUCAACACCAGGCAGGGACGGCAAUGGAAUGCUUAAGCAUUCCUAUCACCCUGCACAAGGAGCCUGGAGUGGAUCACGAAGGAGCUGAAGUUUUGAAAUGUGGUUUUAAAAUUGGAGGCGGUAUAGAUCAAGAUUUUCGGAAAAGCCCUCAAGGAUACACAGAUUAUGGAAUUUACGUUACAGAAGUACAUGAUGGCAGUCCUGCUGCCAAAUCAGGAUUAAGGAUGCAUGAUAAAAUUUUGCAGUGUAAUGGAUAUGAUUUUACUAUGGUUACCCAUAAAAAGGCUGUGGAUUACAUAAGAAAACAUCCUGUAUUAAACUUAUUGGUUGCAAGAAAAGGUGUUACAUCCACUUGAUAAGUCUUUGUUUAAGAAACUGUGAAUAUAGUUGUCUUUUGUGUACCUGUGGAGGCAUUCUCAAUGGAGUAAUUUAUUCAUGUUGCUUUAUACAUUUCUACCAUUUGUGUGCCUGCAUUGUGCCAUGUGUCUCGACUGUCAUUUAGGAAACAUCAGAUUGCAUAACAUUCCAUUGAAAGUUAGGAAUAUUUUAAUGCAAUAUAUUGUUGUCAUGUAUGUCUCAUCAUACCAUAUGCUGUGAAUAAUCUUGCAAUAGGCUGCUGUUUUUUAGUCCUUGAAACAUUCCUCUAUUCUUGGUGGAUGUAUUCACCUGACAUUAUGUGAUAAUCUGUGUGUGUUCGUUGCUUUGAUAUUUCAUUCCAGUAAUGAGUAAUGAAUGUAUGUGUACAUGUUGAAUAGUAGUAAAAGAAAACAUAGGAACUAAAAUUUUUGUUUGUGUUGUAUCCCUGUGUUCUCUUGCCCGUAAAUUAGUGUGCGUUUGUGCCAAUGGUGAAAUGGAAUUUUCAGAAUGUGAAUGACCAAUGACAUUAUUAUUAUGAACUGUAUAACAUAUCUUGAUGGGCUUGUAACAUCUUGAGUUGUGGGGAGCUGGGACUAAGGGAUAAGGCGUUAUGCUGGUUCCUUUAUCCCUAUCAUACACAUCUAUAGUUCACAAAACGUACAUGGAGGCAAUAGAUAAGCUAAUCAAUAUGACAUAUUAAAUAAAAAGUGCCAAAAAGAGUUAAAUUGUGUAGUUUCACUUAACAUAAGGGAAACCUGUUACUCCGUUUCCUGACUUUACCACACACAUUUGAUUUACUGUAGGGAAAUAAAUGCUAACUUUUUCAACAAAAAGUGCCAAGAACCAUUAAGUUACCCCUUUUUUCUUUUUCUCUCCAUUAUCUACUGCAACAGGGACAGUAAAAUUGCCCAUUUGUGAAGUUUACGUUACCGUCCUCGUAAAUAUUUACAAUUCCUCUAAAUCAGUACUGUAUUCAUAUUCCAUAUUUGGCGAGUCUGAAGCGAGGAAAAGUUCCUAAAUCAUUAUGUUUUUGCUAGUUUCGAUUGAUUAUUCUCUUAGUAAUUACAGAAGCUUAAUUCGCUGUAACGUUUGUGAAGAUUAAUUUUCCCAUUUUUUAAAAUAAAAUCUCCAAUACAAGAACUUAUUGAUUUUUGUUUUUUCCUUCCUCAUUUGGAAGUGUCCCUUCAACUCAGGGUCUCAAGGUACUGGCCUAGUUGCUCCAGUGACGCUGAAUUAGCACUUUUUAGUUUUGGAAAUUGUUCCUGAGAAUAUCUUCAUGUUCAUAAGGAAUCCACUUUCAUGGGAUGUUGUUUAUCACAUUUGUCACCGAACAAAUUACAAGUGCAAAGUUUGAAAGUUACAAGGUUGGGAAAAUGCCAAAUGACUUUGUAGGCUCUUGCAAUAUAUUUUAAAACAUGGUUAUUUGGCCUUUUUUUUUAUAUUGAUGUUUGCUCUUGAAAUACCUUUCUUUAAUCUGAUUAUGUGGUGCUUUAUGUGUUCACCCUGUCCAGUCUUCCCUGAAUUAUGAUCAAUAGAAAGAGAUAAGGAAUAGUUUUUUAAGAUUGCUGUGCUAUUUUUUGUCUCAAACAGGAAAAUCAAUUGUAAUACAAGAUAAACUGUUUCAGAAUUGCCCAGUGAUCUUGUGGGAUCUUCAGAAUUUUGAAAUAUAAAUACUUUGUAUCAUUAUUUUUGUGGCUUCUACAGUAUUCUCUCAUCAUAUUUUGUUCUUUAGUAUUGGUUCUUUUUUCAUUUUGGCGGAAAUGAUGAAUGAAACUAAACCAACACAAAGAAACUAGUAAUGCUACAAAAUAGGAGAGGUUUGCUUAUGAUAUUAGUAAAGGUUAUUAAAUAUUCAAAUAAGUGAUAUUGUUGCUCAAACUCGUAUUUCAGCCAUCUAUUGCAAAUCUCUUUUCAUUGAACUGCUAUUUGACCUCUUAUUGGUAAAUUUACAGGCAAUAACCCAAGCAUUUUUCAAUGGUGGUUUAUGGUAGAAUUAGCAUUCAAAAAAGAAAAGAAAAAAAAUUAAAAUGCAGAGAAAAUUCCAUUUUUCAGAAUCCAUUUUCAGGCAGUUUCAUAAUGAAAAUAGUUAAAUGAAUGAAUUAAUAAAAACUAGGUCACUAAAAGUUGCCUGCAGACCUCUCUGGAUAAUUGAAGUAAUUUAGAAAUGGAUUUUGAAGAGAUUGCACUUCAAGGGGAGAAAAUUUAAUGGAAAAAAUCCAAAAUAUAAUUGUAAUAUGUGCUAAUAUGAAGUGAAUUAUUUAAUGCACAAUGUAAAUAGUUAUAUAUACAUAUAUUUUUCACA